GUAGUACACAUAACCAGGUAUAACACUAUCCUGCAUUGCAGGUUCCAUAUCAUUCAGGGGCUACUAGACAGUGAUCACUUAUUUGCAUUUUUGAGAAUUCUGCUGUCAAAAUAUGUCAAUAAUGCGAAUGAGAGCAGUAAAGUGCACAACUGAUGAGCUUUGUCUUACCAAUUGUGCCAUUAUUAACACUGCCGAUUUUGCAGAUGAUGUUAAUCAUAUUGAAAUAUCAACUGAACCAAAUCAACAUUUUGUAUUUUCUACCAAAACAUGUCCUAAAAUUGAUCGAGGCACAGUUGGUUUUAGCUUGCCUCAAAGAAAAUGGGCAGUUAUAUCUCUCAAUCAAGAAAUUGAAGUUAAACCAUUUUAUUUUGAUCCCACAUCUCCUACUGAAUUUUUAUCCAACAUAGUUUUAGAAGCUGAUUUUUUACAAAAAAAAAUAACAACUUUGGAACCAUAUGAUACAGAACUAAUGGCUAAAGAUUUCCUUAUGCAGUUUGCUGGACAAGCAUUUACUGUUAGUCAACAAUUAGCAUUUCAGUUUCAAGAUAAAAAAAUGUUAGGAUUAAUAGUAAAAAGUUUAGAAGCUGCUGAUAUUCAAGCUAUUAAAGCUGGUCAAGAUGCUAAACCAAAAAAAACUAGAAUGGGUUGUUGCCUUGGUAAUACCGCAAUUCAAUUUGAAAAAGCUCCAAAUUCCAGUUUAAAUCUUACUGGAACUAAGCAGGGAAUGAUUGUUCGUCAAUCAAUUAUUAAUCCUGAUUGGGAUUUCAAUAAAAUGGGAAUUGGAGGUUUAGAUAAGGAAUUCAGUGCAAUAUUUAGAAGAGCAUUUGCUUCAAGAGUUUUUCCACCAGAAGUUGUUACACAACUUGGAUGUAAGCAUGUAAAAGGUAUUUUAUUGUAUGGACCACCAGGCACUGGUAAAACACUUAUGGCUAGACAAAUUGGAAAUAUGUUAAAUGCAAGAGAACCAAAGAUUGUUAAUGGACCUCAAAUUUUGGAUAAAUAUGUUGGUGAAAGUGAAGCAAACAUAAGAAGAUUAUUUGCUGAUGCUGAAGAAGAAGAAAAAAGGCUUGGACCAAAUAGUGGACUACAUAUAAUCAUCUUUGAUGAGAUUGAUGCUAUCUGUAAAGCAAGAGGAAGUGUUGCUGGUGCUACAGGUGUUCAUGAUACAGUAGUGAAUCAAUUACUUGCAAAAAUUGAUGGUGUUGAACAAUUAAAUAAUAUUUUAGUUAUUGGGAUGACUAACAGACGAGAUAUGAUUGAUGAGGCUUUAUUACGACCUGGUAGAUUGGAGGUUCAAAUGGAAAUCAGUCUUCCUGAUGAACAUGGAAGACAUCAAAUUUUAAAUAUUCAUACAACAAGGAUGAAAGAUUAUAAAAAAAUAGCUCCUGAUGUAGAUUUAAAAGAACUAGCCACAUUGACGAAAAAUUUUAGUGGUGCUGAACUAGAAGGUUUAGUUAGAGCUGCUCAAAGUACGGCUAUGAAUAGGUUAAUAAAAGCUUCUAGCAAAGUAGAAGUAGACCCUGCUGCAAUGGGAAAACUCAUGGUGACAAGAACCGAUUUCAUUCAUGCAUUAGAAAAUGACAUCAAGCCAGCCUUUGGAACAAGUGCUGAAGCGCUGGAGCAUCUUCUUUUUCGAGGCAUCAUCAAUUGGGGCAAACCAGUUGCGGAGAUCCUUGCCGAUGGAAAACUCCAUAUUCAGGAGGCGCGAGCUGCAGAAGGUUCAGGACUCGUGUCAAUUCUUUUGGAAGGACCACCAAACAGUGGCAAAACUGCACUCGCCGCCCAAAUUGCCAAGACUUCGGACUUUCCCUUCGUCAAAGUUUGCACACCAGAAGACAUGGUCGGUUUCACGGAGUCUGCCAAGUGCUUAUCGAUACGAAAAAUAUUCGACGAUGCUUAUCGUUCGCAGCUCAGUUGUAUUGUAGUCGAUAACAUCGAGCGUUUAUUGGAUUAUGGACCUAUUGGUCCGCGAUAUUCAAACUUAACUCUACAAGCUUUAUUAGUUUUACUAAAGAAGUUACCUCCCCGUGGAAGAAAGCUAUUGAUUCUAUGUACUACAAGUCGCAGGCAAGUUUUAGAAGAUAUGGAAUUAAUUACAGCAUUCAGUACUGUACUUCAUGUUCCCAAUUUAUCAACUUCAGACCAUCUCUUAUCAGUAUUGGAAGAAGUUGAUCUUUUUACAAAAGAAGAAAUGUCAUCUCUUUAUUCCAAACUUUAUGGAAAACGAGUCUUUAUUGGAAUUAAGAAGCUUCUCGGUCUGUUAGAUAUGACACGACAAGUAGAACCAAAUUAUCGGGUAAUAAAAUUUCUCUCAAAACUAGAGGAAGAGGGAGGUCUUGAAUAAACUGCACUUACUAUCUAUAGUGUUUCAUUUAAUAUUCGUUUAGUGAAUCUGAAGUAUAUACAAUUGUAUUAGUAAAACAACAUUGCUUAGUAUAAUUAGUCAAUAACUUGGCUUUCACAAAUAAUAAUCAAUAACCAGAAUACAAUCCUAACAAAUCGAUUACAUUAUAGGAUUGAAUAAUAAAUAUUCUUUAUUAUAAUAUUAUUAUUUAGUCUAACUAUAUUGGUUAGACAAGAAUAAUUAAUGUGAGUUAAUUACACCACCAACAAAUAUCUCACAUUUAUUGAUUUAUUUAAUUCGUCGUUUAAAUAUAUGAAGUUCAUUAAAAAAUAUAUUAAAUAAAAUCACUACUUGUUGAUCAAGUCUUGAAAAGAAUAGAUCUGUAUAAAUAAGAUUAAAAGAUAAAUGUACAGCGUUAAA